AUGGGCACCAAGAACAUUGUGACAGAGUUUGUGCUGUUCGGCCUCUUCCAGAGCCGGGAGAUGCAGCACGUGUGCUUCCUGGUCUUCUCCCUGUUCCACGUGCUCACCGUCCUGGGGAACCUUCUGGUCAUCAUCACCAUCAAUGCCAGCAAGACCCUGAAUGCUCCCAUGUACUUCUUCCUCAGCCACUUGUCUUUUGCCGACAUAUGCUAUCCAUCCGCCACCACACCCAAGAUGAUUGCGGACACUUUCGUUGAGCGUAAGACCAUCUCCUUCAGUGGCUGCAUGACCCAGCUCUUCUCUGCCCACUUCUUCGGUGGCACUGAGAUCUUCCUCCUCACAGCCAUGGCCUAUGACCGCUACGUGGCCAUCUGUAGGGCCCUGCACUACACGACCAUCAUGGAUCGUGGCCUGUUGGCGGGGGCCUCCUGGGUGGCUGGCUUCCUGCAUUCCAUCCUGCAGACCCUCCUCACAGUCCAGCUGCCCUUUUGUGGGCCCAAUGAGAUUGACAACUUCUUCUGUGAUGUCCAUCCCCUGCUGAAGCUGGCCUGUGCAGACACCUAUGUGGUGGGGCUCAUUGUGGUGGCCAACAGCGGCAUGAUUUCUUUGGUGUCCUUCAUCGUCCUUAUCAUCUCCUACGUGGUCAUCUUACUGAACCUGAGAAGCCGGUCAUCUGAGAGCCAGCACAAGGCUCUGUCCACAUGUGGCUCACAUAUCAUCAUGGUCCUUUUGGUCCUUGUGCCCCCCAUGUUCAUGUACAUUCGUCCCUCCACCACCCUGGCUGCAGACAAACUUGUCAUCCUCUUUAACAUUGUCAUGCCACCUUUGCUGAACCCUCUCAUCUACACGCUGAGGAACAAUGAGGUGAAAAAUGCCAUGAGGAAACUGUUUGGGGUCAAGGGGACCUCAGGGGAGAAGUGA